AUGGCUUGUGCUCAUCGAUAUGAUUUGUACAGACCACAGAAAUAUUCUACUCAGCAGCCCAAUCGUCAAUACGGUACUGAGCUAGGAUUACGCCAGAACAAUAUUGAAAUAGGGGAUUCCAUCAGACAGGACAUAGAAAGAGAAAAGACAACAGUAGGUGAUUCUAUUAGACAGGAUAUAGAGAGAGACAAGACAACAGUAGGGGAUUCUAUCAGACAGGACAUAGAGAGGGACAAGACAACAGUAGGAGAUUUUAUCAGGCAAGACAUAGAGAGGGACAAGACAACAGAAGGGGAUUAUAUCAGACAGAACAUAGAGAGAGACAAGACAACAGUAGGGGAUUCUAUCAGACAAAACAUAGAGAGAGGCAAGACAACAGUAGGGGAUUUUAUCAGACAGGACAUAGAGAGAGAGCGACAAGACAACAGUAGGGGUUCUAUCGGACAGGACAUAGAGAGGGACAAGACAACAGUAGGGGAUUCUAUCAGACAGGACAUAGAGAGCGACAAGACAACAGUAGGAGAUUCUAUCAGACAGGACAUAGAGAGCGACAAGACAACAGACAUAGAGAGCGACAAGACAACAGUAGGGGAUUCUAUCAGACAGGACAUAGAGAGAGACAAGACAACAGUAGGGGGUUCCAUCAGACAGGACAUAGAGAGAGUGAGAGACAAGAGAACAGUAGGGGAUUCUAUCAGACAGGACAUAGAGAGAGACAAGACAACAGUAGGGGAUUCUAUCAGACAGGACAUAGAAGGGGACAAGACAACAGUAGGGGGUUCUAUCAGACAGGACAUAGAGAGGGACCAGACAACAGUAGGGGAUUCUAUCAGACAGGACAUAGAGGGGGAUAAGACAACAGUAGGGGUUAUAUCAGACAGGACAUAG